GAGGAGAAAGAGAGAGAGAGAAAGAGUGGAAGAAAGUGGGAGGGACAAAGUUGUAAGUCUGUGAGAAGAAAGGCACUAAACAUACGGUGAACCUUUUGGCAUCUAAUUAUGUUUAAAUUCCAAGUCUGCAGAAAAGCAGGUUAACUAGUAAAAACAGGCAGACUGUGUUUACCCAGGAAGGAGGAAAAGAGGAGCAAGAAAAGCUGACUGAGGCGCCUGGCCGGUUCAGAAACCAGAUCCAGGACGUUUGUCAAGCUAACAAAGCAUCAAGGAGUUCGGCUUUAAGAGGAAAGAGACAAGAACCGAGAGAAGACAAAGUCAUCUUCAGGAUGUCUGUGUCUCAGCGGUGCCUCUGCUGCGUUAAAUACUUGAUGUUUGUCUUCAAUCUUAUCUUCUGGCUGGGAGGAUGUGGCUUGUUCGGCGUUGGGAUCUGGCUGUCCUUCACGCAGGCAGAGUUUUCCUCACUGCCCUUGUCCUUCCCAUCACUCUCAGCUGCCAACCUGCUGCUGGUUGCUGGUGGCAUCACCAUGGUAACAGGAUUCCUGGGUUGCCUCGGGGCUCUAAAAGAGCAGCGCUGUCUUUUGUGCACUUUCUUUGUGAUCCUGUUGAUUCUGGUCCUCACAGAGAUCACCGUGGUUCUGGUUUUAUACUACCUCCAUGACCAGGUGGAGUCACAUGCCAAGGGGGACUUAAAAGACGGCAUGAAGAAAUAUAAUUCAGAACAUGACCUUAAAAAAUCCUGGGACAAUGUGCAGAAGAUGUUCAAAUGCUGCGGCGUCAACAACUCCACAGACUGGCAUGAAGUGCUGAACGGAACGCUGCCCUCUUCCUGCUGCCCCGGCGCCGACAGAGACCAGUGCACUGGAUGGAGUGAGGGUUGCUUUGCGAAGGCCAAAAACUGGCUGAGUGACAACAUCCAGCCCGUCCUGGUGUUUGGAGUGUGCAUCGGUGUUGUACAGAUUUUGGCCCUGGUGUUCUCCAUGCAGAUGUACUGUCAAAUUCUCCACGCUGAGAAGAACCUGGACUAACAGCAGCAGCCGGGCUCACGUGGGCCUGAGCUGAAGCGUCUGAUAGGAGGAACUCCAGCAGCUGCAGGGGGCGCUGUGCUGGUGAAGGAGGGGAGAGGGAUGGAUUUGAAAUGCUCUGAGGUGACAGGGUCCCAGUGAUUCUAAUACAACCUUUUUUUUCUGUUAAUGUGUGUUUGGGACAUAUUAAGGAUGUACGUUGCUUCAAAAAUCACCUUUUUAACUUCAUUCAUUUGAACACAUAUAUAUCCAACCACAAUAUAAAGUAUGUAACUUUAUAUUUUCCAGCAAAUCAAACAAUAUCAGAAUUUGAUUAGUUAUCAUGGUUAAUUGUAUACAUUAUCAAUCAUUUUCAAGAUGCUGCCUAAUAGUUGCCUUUGUGUUACAUUCUUCUUGUGUGUAAACUCCACUAAAUUAAGUUUCUGUCAUUAUGGCACCGUGGAUGCAGCUGAAGUUCACCGUCUAGUUUGUAUAUUGCAGAGCUCUAGAGGAAAGCCCACUUCCUUUAAAACCUCCUGCUGAUUCUGUGGUGUUUUGGUGCAGCCUCAGCUGGCUCAUCCUCCUGAUCCUGUGCUGUAUUUAAGAACGGCAUUGCUGAACAAAAGGAGUUGUCCAAGUGUCGCCGCGGAAGUCUUCCUUCUGAACAACAGUUUAACUCUCCAGUUAGAAUCAAAAACAGGCAAAAAUAAAUAACUCAUGAGUAUUUAGGUGUAGACUCUGGUUAAUGUUUAAUUAAUCACAAGUAACUGGAAAUGAAAUAUUAUUGUGCAGUGUAACCUGAUUCUUUACAGGUUGAGCAACACUCAGUCUCACACUACAAGUUGUUUCUGUGAGGUUCAAACUGAAUUAGGAUGAUUGUACGUUUUGUAUCUGUUCACAUUGUAUUGGUCAGACUCCAGAAGUUACAGUAUGUUCCUGACUAAUAAAAAAUGUUAAGAUUAUUUAGCACAAAAUGACCUUUUUCAUUUCAGUGAAGUGAUACAGAGUUUGUUCAUUAAAAGCAAAGCAGUUUGAGGAACUUUUGGUUUCUUAUGUUGUGCAACUAGAAUCAGUUUGUCUGAAUGACAUAUGAUGUAUAAGAAUUUAUCUUCAGUUAUUUAAAUUGACGGACAGGGGGAUGUUUUUCUAGAAAUGACCUUUUUGUUGUAGGAAUUAUGUUUCUGUAUGAUAUAUUUCUCGAUAUUUGAGUGUAAAAUGUCAAAGAACCUGGAAGAAAAGUAUGAAUGGAGUAAAAACUGUUAUAUCAUCAUAAAGUAAAACCUACACAACUGUCUCUGUCCAUUAAUAAAAAAUUUAAAAAAAAACAGCA